GACGUUCUACGGGAUUUCCCCGUUUCAACGUGGCGGUGAGUAGGGUGUCUGGAAAGCAGCAUGGGAUGGCUGUUGAAGACGGGCAAAUCAACGCUCUGUUGGUGCUGGGAAAUGAGAGAGUGAAAGAAACGAGGAAGGCCCUCGCUGGAGCUGGCUACUAUGACUCUUCGCGAAGAAUCUCACACAGAGAGGGCGGUCGAUGUUUUGCUCUCCCCAUAACAACCUCAGCAGCUGCCAAACUGAUGGCUAAAAGAGAAGCAGACACAAACCUCGACCCAGCAUUCACUGACUCUCACAGUUCACCAGUGGUACUUUUCAAUGGUUUGCACUGUACUCUAACACAUGUCCAGCUCCCGCUAUCAAAGAGUGCAGUGGCCAGAGCAAAGACCAGCAGCGCUAUUCUAAAAUCCUCUCUCGAAACACUCUUGAGUGAGCUAGAGCCUCCUCCAACGGUGAAUGAGAAACUGAUGAAAGAUGUGCCUAUGUCGUGGGAGAGACACGGGAUUUAGUCGUACUGCCACAGCUAGCAUUCGCGAGUGGAGAAUGGGAGGAGGUGAAACGCAGAGCCGUCGAUUUUUGGGGCACGGUGGCAAAGGCUCUAGAGUGCAACAGACUAGUGCAAGACUCGCAAAUAUCGAGAGACGGUUUUCGCUCGUCGUCAGCUGUCUUAUUAAGAGGGUCUGACCCUUGGGUGGAGCAUUUGGAUAAUGGUGUAAGAUACGUGUUUGACGUGACAAGGAUCAUGUUUUCAUCUGGGAAUAUCACGGAGAAACUUCGUGUGGCAGAGUUUGAUUGUCGCGGUGAGGUGGUGGUCGACAUGUACGCUGGCAUCGGAUACUUUACGCUGCCAUUCCUGGUACACGGGCGUGCCCGUACCGUCCACGCAUGCGAGUGGAACCCGGUCGCGGUGGAGGGUCUGAGGAGGGGACUGGUUCUGAAUGGAGUCAGAGAACAGUGUGUCAUACACCAAGGAGACUGUAGGGAAGUGUGUCCUGCUGGUGUGGCUGACAGAGUGAACCUUGGACUCAUCCCCAGCAGCGAGGGGGGCUGGGCCGCCGCAUGUGCAGCUCUCCGCCGUGACAGAGGAGGUUGGCUUCACGUUCACGGGAAUGUGUCGUGGAAACACGGGAACCAGAUUACUGGAACGGAACGGAACCCGUGGGAGGUGGGGGAAAAGAGGGAAGUGGGUAAGGGAGAGGUGGAACGGAGGGAGAAAGAGAAAGAGGAGGGAGCAGUGUCUUCAGAGCUACGUAGGAAGAAGGCUAAGACCCAUUGGGCGGAGUAUGUGGUGGCCAGAGUCGGACGUCUGUUGAAGGAGGGGAACCCCCUUGGGGAGGGGUGGCGGUGGGAUGUGAGAGUGGGGAGAGUGGUGACAGUUAAGAGUUACGCUCCGUUCGUGGACCACGUGGUUGUUGACGUGGAAUGCAGACCAACCACUGCCAGUACGGAAUAAAAAACAACAUCCUCAUAGACGAUAUAUUUAUUGUGCACAGUGCACUGUUACACAAACAGACAGUAGAUACAUGAUACAUGUGAUACAGUAUCGAAGAGUCAGUAUUGAGUUCAGUUGGAAAACGUGAUGGAUGCACCACCGACAUGCAGUGUCCUCAGGUCUCCCAGUAAUCUGGUGGCCGGAGCUGUAAAACACACACGUACACAGUAUUUGGUUUGAUCCCUAUUCUUUACUUGCCCGCGAAAAAUUUUAUGUUGCUGCCCGUGAAAAAUUUAUGUUGUUGUAUAAUUAUACCUCAAAACUCGGUGCUCAAUAUAACGGGAUAUUAUAUACAGUACCUCACAACAUUGGAACUUCAUGUGUCGAUUGCUAUACUACUGCACCAAGGAGCAUUAAAAAAAUAUUGCUGAUACAGGGAACGAUAGAGGGGAGAGGGAAUGAUUCGGGAGGUAGAGAGACCUUUGUAAGAAGGGUGUCCUGUG